AUGGUGGCCGAUCCGCCCAAGGGAGCGGACCCCACGUGGCCGGCCGCGAAGCCCGCCGCGAACGGAGCGCCCCCCGCGGCCGCGACGCCCCCCGAGGCCCCGGGCGCGGCGGGCGGCGGCCGCUGCUCGCGGGCCCGGGCGCGCCGCUGCCUCCGCGCCAACCUGCUGGUGCUGCUGACCGUGGCGUCGGUGGUGGCGGGCGUGGCGGUGGGGCUCGGGGUGGCGGCGGCCGGCGGCUCGGCGGCGCUGGGCCCCGCGCGCCGGGCGGCCCUGACCUUACCCGGGGAGCUGCUGCUGCGCCUGCUGCGGAUGAUCAUCCUGCCGCUGGUGGUGUGCAGCCUGGUGGGCGGCGCCGCCAGCCUGGACGCGGGCGCGCUGGGCCGCCUGGGCGCCUGGGCGCUGCUCUUCUUCCUGGGCACCACGCUGCUGGCGUCCGCGCUCGGCGUGGGCAUCGCGCUGGCGCUGCAGCCCGGCGUCUCCGACACCGCCCGCCCCGCCGGCAACGCCUCGGCCCCCGGCGCCGUCCCCAAGGACGCGGCCCUCCCCAGCAAGGAGGUGCUGGAUUCUUUCUUGGACCUCGUGAGAAAUCUCUUCCCUUCCAACCUGGUGUCCGCAACCUUCCGCUCGUACUCCACCUACUACAAGGAGAGCAACGGGACCUUCGUGAAGACGGAGGGUGAGGUGGAGGGCAUGAACAUCCUGGGCCUGGUGGUGUUUGCCAUCGCCUUCGGCGUGUGCCUGCGGAAGCUGGGGCCCGAUGGAGAGCUGCUCAUCCGCUUCUUUAACUCCUUCAACGACGCUACCAUGGUGCUGGUGUCCUGGGUCAUGUGGUACUCCCCUGUGGGCAUCUUGUUCCUGGUGGCCAGCAAGAUCGCGGAGCGGGAGGACGUGGGGGAUCUCUUCGCCAGAGUGGGCAAAUACGUCCUGUGCUGCCUGCUGGGCCACGCCAUCCACGGGCUCCUGGUGCUGCCGCUCAUCUACUUCCUCUUCACCCGCAAGAACCCCUACCGCUUCCUGUGGGGCAUCAGCGCGCCGCUGGUCACCGCCUUCGGCACCGCCUCCAGCUCGGCCACCUUACAGCUGAUGAUGAAGUGCGUGGAGGAGAAUAAUGGCGUCUCCAAGCACAUCUGCCGCUUCAUCCUGCCCAUCGGCGCCACGGUCAACAUGGAUGGGGCCGCGCUCUUCCAGUGCGUGGCCGCCGUGUACAUUGCCCAGUUUAACCAGCAGCCCCUGGACUUCGUGAAGAUCAUCACCAUCCUGGUCACCGCCACGGCAUCCAGCGUGGGCGCCGCGGGCAUCCCUGCGGGAGGCGUCCUCACCCUCGCCAUCAUCCUGGAGGCCAUCAACCUGCCGGUUGACAUCUCCUUGAUCCUGGCUGUGGACUGGCUAGUGGACCGGUCCUGCACCGUCCUCAACGUGGAAGGGGACGCCUUCGGGGCGGGGCUCCUCCAGCACUACGUGGACCGCGCCAAGCCCGCGAGCUCGGUGCCCCAGCUGGUCGAGGUGAAGGCGUGUGCGGACCCCAGGCCCGUGCCCCCGGAGGAGGGUAACCCGCUCCUCACGAGGCCCGCCGCGGCCGCCGGCCCAGAGAAGGAGUCCGUCAUGUAA